AUGACGAUAAUAAAAGUCGAAGAAGGGAGUACAGAGCUUCUCCUUCUCCUUCUUCUUCUUCUUCUUCUUCUUCUUCUUCCCAGAUAUUUUGUUGUGGUGGUGGCAAUAACUACUUCUAGUAGUAGUAGUAGAAGCAAAGAAGUGUUUCUGUCAGGGAAGGCAAGAGCUUCUGUAGUUGUCGCACUGCCACUUAUCUUCAUAUCUAUCUACCUAAUUCUCUCUCUCUCUCUCUCUCUCUCUAUGUACUCUUCAUAUCUAUAUCUCUCAUUCUCUUAUCUAUGUAUCUAUCACACUCUCUUCAUAUCUAUAUCUCUCAUUCUCUUAUCUAUGUAUCUAUCACACUCUCUUCAUAUCUAUAUACCUAUCUAUCAGAUUCUCUUUAUCUCUAUCAAAUCAUCUUCAUAUCUAUCUAUCUAUCUAUCUAUCUAUCUAUCUAUCUAUCUAUCUAUCUAUCUACCAUUCUCUUCAUAUCUAUCUAUUUCCUUCUCUUCAUAUCUUUUGUUCAUAUCUAUCUAUCUAUCUAUCUAUCUAUCUAUCUAUCUAUCUAUCUAUCUCAUCUCUGUUAUCUAUCUAUCUAUCUCAGUCUGUUCAUAUCUAUCUAUGUCAGUCUGUUCAUAUCUAUCUAUCUAUCUAUCUAUCUCAGUCUGUUCAUAUCUAUCUAUCUAUCUAUCUAUCUAUCUAUCUAUCUAUCUAUCUAUCUCUGUUCUGUUCAUCUAUCUAUCUAUCUAUCUAUCUAUCUAUCUAUCUAUCUCAUCUAUUUAUCUCUCUCAGUCUGAUCAUAUCUAUCUAUCUAUCUUAUCUAUCUAUCUAUCUAUCUAUCUAUCUCAUCUGUUCAUAUCUAUCUAUCUAUCUCUCAGUCUGUUCAUAUCUAUCUAUCUGUCUAUCUCAGUCUGUUCAUAUCUAUCUAUCUAUCUAUCUAUCUAUCUAUCUAUCUAUCUGUCUAUCUAUCAGUCUGUUCAUAUCUAUCUAUCUAUCUAUCUAUCUAUCUAUCUAUCUAUCUAUCUAUCUAUCUAUCUAUCUCAGUCUGUUCAUAUCUAUCUAUCUAUCUGUCUAUCUCAGUCUGUUCAUAUCUAUCUAUCUAUCUAUCUAUCUAUCUAUCUAUCUAUCUAUCUAUCUAUCUAUCUAUCUCAGUCUGUUCAUAUCUAUCACAAAUCUGAACAAAGUCUGAUAUAG